GAGGCGGGGCGGUGGCUACGCGCGUGCGCAGAAGGGAGCUGAGGGGCGGGGCCGCACGGUGGAAGAGGCUUGAGAGCUGCCGGGCAACAUGCAGGACCCCAAUGCGGACACCGAGUGGAAUGACAUCUUACGCAAAAAGGGCAUCCUGCCCUCAAAGGAAAGCCUGGAAGAGUUGGAAAAGCAGGCGGAAGAGGAGGAGGAGCGGGCGCUGCAGCAGUCAGUGGUGAAGACGUAUGAAGAUAUGACAUUGGAAGAACUGGAAGAUAAUGAAGACGAAUUCAAUGAAGAGGAUGAACGUGCCAUUGAAAUGUACAGGCAGCAAAGACUGGCCGAGUGGAGAGCAACUCAAGAAAAGAAUAAAUUUGGAGAAGUUUUGGAGAUUUCAGGAAAAGAUUAUGUCCAAGAAGUUACCAAAGCUGGUGAGGGCUUGUGGGUAAUCUUGCACCUUUACAAACAAGGGAUUCCCCUCUGUGCCCUGAUAAAUCAGCACUUCAGCGCACUUGCCAGGAAGUUUCCUGAUGUGAAGUUCAUCAAAGCCAUUUCAACGACCUGCAUACCCAAUUACCCUGAUAGGAAUCUGCCCACAGUAUUCGUGUACCUCGAAGGCGAGAUCAAGGCUCAGUUUGUUGGCCCACUGGUGUUCGGCGGCAUGAACUUGACUCGAGAUGAGUUGGAGUGGAAGCUGGCCAAGUCCGGGGCGAUCAAGACGGACCUGGAGGAGAACCCCAGGAAGCCGAUCGAAGACGUGCUGCUGUCCUCGGUGCGGUGCUCUGUCCCCGCCAGGAGGGACAGCGACUCCGAGGGUGACUGAGGCUGCAGCCACCAGCACUUGGCGAACUUCCUGGACGUGACAAACUGUCUGGAUGGUUUUUUUAAAAGCAGGAGUGAAUCCUUUUGGUUUUUAACCUUUUAUAAUUAUGUUUCAAAUCUCUUACAUUUCAGAAAUAAUCAUUGCUGGAAUUUUAAUAAAUUAUUGGAACUAUCUUUUUAAACUAAUGCCUACUGUUGGUAUGACAAGUGUCUGUUUUUCCUCACAUAUAUUUUCAGGAAGUCAUAAAGUUAUUCACUAUGUUUUAACAUACAACUAGAUAUAAAGGAAUGUGUGU